GGAGCCUGCGCCCGGCGGGAGCUUUGCGCUCACCUGGAGGGGUCCCCUCUAGUGGCCGCCCGGGGGACGUUGAAACAAACCCCGCUUCCCUUCUCCGGCUGUGCUGGAGAGCUCAGGUCCGCACAACAACCCCAAGUGAGACAUUGAGCUCCUGCCCAUUGUACAGAUGAAGAAGUGAUAUUUGGACAGAGACCCCAACGAGGAGAAAGCCGGUUUGGGUUCAGAUCCUGAGGCGGGGCUCAGAGGGAACGCUUGAGAGCAGAACGAGAUUCCAGGCCCAUGACGUCCUGUCAUGAACAGUGGUAGAAGCAGGUGCACCGGUGAGGCACAUCAGGGCAGUGCUCUCUUCACACCUGGGCUUCCCCUGCUCUCAUCGUGGCUUCACAGGGGCUUAGAAGAACAUGUAAUACAGUUUUUCAUCAAACAAAUGGAACACAUCACAGAACUUUGCUAAGAUGGACAACGUCACACAAAAAGACCAAGACCCUGGCAAAAAAUACCCCAGAAAUGCCGGCAAACUGCAGAAAGGUUUUACUGCUGCAUACCCAACACAGUCCUCUGUUCCUUUUAAAUGUGAAGCUUCGAUAAUUCCAGAAUCAGAAAAAAAAGGAUUUAAUAGUCAAGCCAAGAGAUUUUAUCGCAAAAAGGAUGAUCUCCCAGGUCCUGGGUUCUACAACGUCAUUCACCAAUCUCCAGUGUCCAACAGUGUCUCAUUGUCUAAGAAAGGGACGGGCACUUUUCCCUCUAUGUGUGCCCGGUUGGACACCAUCGUCUCUAAAUAUCCUGCAGCUAAUGCGUACACCCUCCCAUCACAUUUUAUUUCGAAGAAAGACUUCAGUAACUCCUGCUCCAGCAUGUUCCAGCUGCCAAGCUUUGCGAAAGUUCUCAAAUUUGAAACUCCUGCACCAAACCAUUACAAUGCCUCUGUCUCUUGCUGCAAGCAGAAAAAUAACGUCUGUGCCCGAGCCGGGUUUAUGUCGAAGACUCAGAGAGGAUUUUUCCCAGUUCCUGAGACAGGACCUGCCCCAGGGCAUUAUAAUGUCAACGAAUCCCUUGUGAAGCAGUCGCCAAAGAUAUUAAUGUCUUGUUUUAAAUCGAAAACUGGCCGUGGAUUGAAACUGACGUCAACAGGCCCGGGACCCGGUUAUUACAACCCAAACGACCACAGCAAAAUUCCGAAAAAGUCUCUUUUCCCGAAAAACCCCAUCCUGAACUUCUCUGCCCAGCCUUUGCCUCUGCCCCCAAAGCCACCUCUGCCGGGCCCUGGUCAGUAUGAGAUCGUGGACUACACGGGGCCCCCCAAGCAUUUCAUCUCGAGUGCGUCGUUCGUGUCCAACACCAGCCGGUGGACAGCGGCGCCAUCCCAGCCAGGCCUGCCUGGCCCAGCUACAUACAAGCCGGAAUUCCCAGGAAAGCAAUCCUUUCUCUACAACGAGGACAAGAAGUGGAUCCCAGUGUUGUAGUGACCUCACAUAAGCUCGGGGAGAACACUGGCCACCAGCUGCCCCACCCAGGUUCCCCAGGACGUUCAUGCAGAGAACGCCUGUUUCGUGUGUGACAGCUGACGACAUGGGGGCAGCUCUACCACCCCAGCCUAGUGUUCUGGCCUUGAUCAUUGUCUUGAGCUGCCUCCUGGAGAUUGGACACCACCCCUGCUGACUCCAGGGGUUUUCUGAGCAGAAAUGAGGAGGGCACAGAGCCUCCCUUGGUUACUUCAUCUUGCACCCAUCCAGGCUGGCUUCUGCACCCCUCCUCUCAGACUUAAGGGACUCCUGAAGCUCAGACUCCAGGGAGAAGGCAGACAAUGGCGGAUGCCCGUCUAGAAGCCUGACACUCAGCCAGGGCUCUGGGGCCCAGAGAGUACCUGCAGGGCGAACAGCACAGGGCUGCGGCCCAGGCCUGCUCCCACCUCUGGCCUUGACUUCCAGACUCCUCCUGGAGUUCCUGGAGCCAGAAGGCCCAGAGGCGCUUGUGACAGAGACACGAAGGGGUUGCCUGGGCCCUUCCCCAGCUAAGCCUUCGUAUCUCACCUUCAGGAAGAGCCUGGCAGCCAGUCACCGUGGUCACUGUGCUCAUUGCCCGCCUUCAGAGGCCGCCACGUCCGUGUAUUGGCCCUGUGUUCAACAGCAGACAUGGGCAGGACCCUGCUGAAGCCGGAGUCCUGGACACGGUGGUUCUGAGGGGCAGGGCGGCCCCGUGCUGGCAGGUGCUUACCUCCACCGGGGCUUUCUCCCUCCGGCCUGUCUCCAUCCCUCCCCGACCUCUGGCUCAAGUGUAACACAAUCUUUAAUGGAUCUUUUCUGGCCUGCCAGGUCGUUUCCUCUUAGCAAGAGGAAGAGAUUCCCAAAGAACCAAGAGGAAAUGGAAGUAACCACACAUCUCCUCUUCCCCAAACAUCGGUGUUGUCUGUCUCUUUUGUAAUGGAAGGCUCUUGUGCAGUCGCCUCUCCCCUCUCCCCCGCAUCCACAUGGCCUCUCCCUUCCCCUCGGCUCCCUCCUGACUUUUCUCUGUGACGCUUACAUCCUGCGCCUUCCUGUCAGAACUGGCCGAUGGGAGGGUUGGGUGAGGAAGAAGCAGGGAGAAUGGAGUUACAUAUCCAAUUAAACGGAAUUCUCGCUUCUCGCAAAA